CACGUGACUUGUUGCUAGGAAGUCUCUAUGUCAACAUGGUUGCUCGGGUAGAUUAGGUUUGCAGACGACAGAAGCAUUUUGUUUGAGCACAGCGGACCACAUCAGACGUUGUGUUUAUAUUGCUUAAGUUAUUCAGCAAUCAUGAGCCGCAUGUCCUACUACGACUAUCCCGCCGUUGUGCGCACGCGCAGUGCUACCCCAAUGACAGCCGAGAUGUCCAAGCUUCUUCCUUACGUCACUGACAAGACCAUCUCCCGCCAUCUUGGUGCGACAGGCCGUUCCAUGGAUAUGGGCCACGCCAAGUCCUACUUCAACCCAGCCACCCGCAGCAUGUAUUCCCGCUACUCUCACAACGACUGGUCCCUCUCCAACAACAUCAACUUCAACCUGUCUGAGAAGGAGAGGUCGUUCGCCGAGCGGCUGCGAGCUGAUGCGUGGAGGGCCGUCAAGGAGACAGACGCUAGGACCAGGAACAGGCAGACUGACGUCACCAAGAGGCUAGGCGAUCGGGUGGUUGACAUUGCUUACUGGAAGAGCGAACUUAACAAAGAACUAGAUUGUGUGGAGAGAGAGACUGGUAGUCUUCAGGAGUACAAGCGCACCCUGGAGAAGGCUCUAGGUGACACCGCCAACCCCCUGCACGUGGCCGAGGAGUGUCUCAUGCACAGGGAGAAGAGGCAGGGCAUUGACCUCGUCAAUGAUGAAGUGGAGAAGACACUCAUCAGGGAAGUUGACAUCAUCAGGAGGUGCCAGUCUAAGAUGAAGAAGGUCCUGGAGAAGGCUUUUGUCCAGCUCAAGAUGAACCGCGCUGCCCAGCACGCUCUGGAGAUUGACGCCAAGGACAAACACCACGCCCAGAACCUGGAUGACCGUAUGCAGCAGCUCAGGAACAGCUCUGCCGGCAUAGGCUACUACCCCGGCAUUGAGGGCAUCGACAACACCCUUUCCAUUCCUGUGUCCUGGGCACGCUACACGCAGGAGAACAUCGCCCGGUCCCAAAAGGAGAGGGCAGCUUCCGAGAGACUGCGAGGCGACAUCGACACCUGUCUCCGCGCAUGUGCAAACGAGAUGUGGAACAACUUCAACUCGGUCAACAACAACUUCAACACGAGGAUCCGUGAGACUACAGAUGCUAGGAACAAGCUGCAGGCUCACUUGCAGAGGACCAUGCAGGAGAUCUUUGACAUGGAGAGGAACAUCGAGCUGCUGAGGAAGGCCAUCCAGGACAAGGAGCUCCCGAUGAAGGUCGCACAGACCCGUCUUGACGAGCGAACCAGGAGAAUCCACGUGGAGCUCUGCAACGACCCCGUCAUGAAGUCACUACAGCGUGAGGUGAACGAGAUCCGCGAGUCUGUCCGCAUCCUGAAGGAGCGUCUUAAGUCCUCCGAGCUGUCUCUGGCGCGUCUCAUGAAGACCAAGGCCACUCUGGAACACGACAUCUCCGUCAAGGACAACAGUCUCCGCAUCGACUCCCAGUGGUGUAUGGGAAUGAGGAAAGGGUUCCCCAUGGACCCCAAAGUUGGACCCAUAUUCCAGAUGCCUACCUGCUAGGGACGUGCACACCAGCCUAGGAUUUUCAUAAUUGUGCUCAAUUUCUACCCAAGGAAAUUUGAACAAUUUGCAUCUUGUAUCAUACUGCACUGUGACAGACUUAGGUCAGCUGACCGAUUUGAAGGAUACGUGUGAAAACGUAUUGUGUUUUUGCAAAUUAUUUGGUACUUGUGAACAUGUCUGUUUUCUCACGAUAUAUUAUGUGUAAUGCCCUUCAACAUCUUCUGUCCGCAAGCUUUUAUACAAUAGUCCGGUAGUGGAGGUCACCUACUCCACUGAAGCGUGUGAUAAUCUGUAUAUACACACAAUUACUGUGAUAUAUGAACACAUAAGUAACCCCAGGAACCGGUACCAAUUCAGUGUUUUGAUUUGUUGUUUUCGGGCGAAGAUGAAUCUAAUAUAUUGACUUUAUAUUUUUUUUUAAAUUCUGAAAUAGUUUAUUACCAGAGAGUAAACAUGUGUCUUUCAUUGUAAGAACUGCAUCUUUCCUGUCUUUGUUUUGAAACAUGUUGAUUUACUGUAUCCCCUAGUGUGCCGUGAGUAGAAUAUUGCCCAAUCAAAAUCAAUCUUAGUGUAUGCUAGAAUAUGACGCUUUGUAACCAACCCAAGUCACUUACUCAUACCAUCAUUACAAUCUGUUCAGAAUUUGUUUAAGUACACCGGAUGAGUUUAGUAUUUUGUCCAGGUCAGUUUUCUAACAGUAUUAUGCCUACUUUAAUCUUGCCAACUAAGAGGCCUACACGACAAACACAGUCGCAAUAGACACCAUAUUGUCUUUCAUGUAUUACCAUCGACAUUGACCUGCUCCAGGGGAACAAAAUGUAAGACCCUGCCGUCUUGCUAUGGACAUCCGGUGACUUAUGCGCAUGACCAGCUGACAUGCGCAGAUACAAAUUCUGGCUUUUCGAUCAUUCCAGUUAUCAGACCGCAUCAGUAUUACAGUUUCCAUUCAGUGACUAUAUGUUUCAAGGGCUAGCGUUUCACCGAAUUGUUUAUGUUGAUGUUGUUUUGUUGGUUGGUAUUUGUAAAAUAUUAUUGCUUGGCAUCUGGAGGUUUGUAAAAUAUCCAUCCCUGAAAACUCUUGACAUUUGUACAGCUAACGUUUGCACAAUAAAUUUAAUUUAUCAGAA